AUGUUGGCGAAAUCGUUCUUCUCGGCAGUUGCUGCCUUGGCCAGCCUUCCACUAGCCCUGACCUUUAACAAUCCGGCUGGAGUAGACAUCUGGUGUGGGAAGGCAUAUCGUGCUAGCAAUGAAUCUUUCAACCCAGGCGGGUGGUUUGAAGAACCCUCGCAGUCCUCAACACCGCUGCUGGAUCUCAAAGUUAAACCGCGGAUGAGUAUUUAUCUUGGUAGCGACUAUGAUGGAAGCCUCUUGGUAGAUGCAGCCGUAUCGUAUCUUACUGGUGAAAAAUUGCCGUCUACUAAAUCAAGUGUCGAUUCGCUAGUACAUCGGUCAUAUUUAUCCAUCAAAGUCACUUCGGAUGGAAAGCCGAUUUUCCUGGGGAAAAAAGAGCAGCAAAUAUCGUUGGACACACGCGAUAAUGAGAUCGAUAUUAGUCUGGAACAGUUCCCACCCCGUCUGACUCCUUAUAACAUCACCCUCAUCGCGACUUUGGGCCAUGGAAAUAAGAAAACAACAUUUGUUGCGACAACAGAGUUGUAUAGACUUCCGCAACGCACAGAUGGCGGAAGUUCCACAAGACUUGAUCAUCUCUAUGGUGGGUUGGCUGUUGUCAAAGGCGAGGAGACUGAAUGGACGCCGAUUUUCCCAUAUACAUAUUACGUCCAAUGGUCUCUCUACUGGUAUGCAAAUGUAUCCACGUUGGAUGAAUUUGCUUCUCGAGGAUAUAAUGUCAUCCAUAUCGUCCCGACUGGUGACCUUGGUGAUACCCCGUUCCCUUGGGACGAAUUUGAGCCCUAUCUGCAACGUGCCGAUGAGCUCGGGUUAUACUUCCAAUAUGACGUGCGCUGGGACUAUACAAAUCUGACCACGAUGAUCGACCAAGUCACCCGCCUACGCUCACACCCAUCCAUUCUGCUUUGGUAUACCGGUGACGAGCCCGAUGGGAAAAGUAACCCAAUCAACUCAACCGGAAUCGCAUACGAUACCAUCCGCUCACUCGACCUGUAUCAUCCUGUGUCGUUGGCACUGAACUGCUACGAUUUCUAUUACGAGGAUUACGCCUCUGGCGCCGACAUCAUCUUGUCAGAUGUCUAUCCGAUCUCAGCCAACACUAGCUGGUCCACCGUCUACGACACACCUUGCAACACGACGUACGGGUGCUGCGGAUGUGACGACUGCAAUGGUCGUUUCGAAGAUCUCUCCGACCGACUCGACAACUUUGCGCAUUUCGACGAGAUCAUCGGAUGGCCCAAAACCCACUGGGGUGCGCCACAGGCCUUUGGCAACGAGACGUUUUGGACGCGCUACCCAACUGCAGAUGAGGAAGUUGUCAUGACUAUGCUCAGUAUUAACCACGCUGCAAAGGGGAUUGUCAUGUGGGAUUUCCCGACAUCAGCGGAUAUUCUUGGUGCAACUGAUGCGCUGGCGGCUGUUCUGACGAGUGAACGUGUGGCGAGUUUCUUAGUUGGUACACCAAUUGUGCAACAGUUGACGGUGACUGGUGGAGAGAGGGUGGAUGCUGCGGCAUGGGUGAUGGGAGAUCAGAUGUUGAUUAGCAUUAUCAACCUGAAUUAUGGAAGUAUCCCUGGAGCAGUCAGUGUUGGUUUGCCUGAGAAGAGAUCAGUGAAGUCGAUGGCAAGCACGCUCUGGGGUGAAACGGGUUGGAAGGGUGUUGGGGAGUCCUUGAAGACUACCGACCUUGCAGGACUGGCCGUAUCAAUUCUAGUGGUAGGUUUGAAGUAG